GAUAUGUAAGCGAGCUAGGGAUUGAAAACGAUCAGGGCCAAGCGCCUCGACUGACCGUGCUACCGAGCUCAAGUAACGUUUUCCUACGGGGAAUUUCAUCCUUUUAAAGACAUAACAGCUGAAAACACCGCAGCGAUAAUAUCGAACAAGGUGUGUAUGAGGAACAUGGUUGUGUUUUUAUUGUAAAUAGUUGAAAUGCGGGGCAGUGCCAGUGCUAUCCCCUUGUUGUGGUCACACAGGGCCUCAAAAGAAGACGACCCGGGGCAGCGGAUGGAGGGCGCAGAUACAGAUUUUAUUACAAGGGUCUAUAUUCGGUUGAAGUAACGAAGCUGAGCCUAUUUGUAGGUUUGCAAACCCGCAAACAAACGCCGAACAGGGGCUGAAAACGGUGUACGGUUAUCCGAGGGGGAGGGGCCUUCAGGGCCUUGGCUGAACGUCAGCACCGUGCCGUGUAACCAUCCAAAUCAAAAGACUUGAUAAAUCUGACUCUCAGGCUCAUUCACAGGCUGCACUCUUAAAAGCAUCCCUGUAAUUUCUCCUUUUUCUCAUAUUCUUCUCCUUACAGGUUGCAUAAGUGUGAGCUCCUGCAGCUCCUCCAAUGUUGGGGUCCAGCGUCAGAUCUCACCUGCCAACAUGAAGCCUGUCAGCUUUCAGAGCAUACCUCCGUCCAUCAACGUUGGACAUCCCAGUCUGGUUCUGGAGCAAGUCUUAACCACUUCAAAUGUCAUGCGUUGUGAGAAAUGUGGAUUUGCUACUACAGACUCUGCUGUUUUCAAGAAGCACAGGCUGGAGCACAUGGGUAUGCGGUUUUACUGUUUUUACUGCAACAAUGUCUCGUUCAGUGAAGCGGAGUUAAACGCUCAUCUGAAGCAACACACUACUAAAUACCCCUUCGCGUGUCCUCACUGUGGACAGGGCUACAUGAGGAGACUGUGUCUUGUAAAGCACAUAGAGCGUCUGCAUAGUAGAAACACUAUUCAAGGAGCUGCUCAGCCCGGCACCACAAAAAGUUCUCAUGUAUCUGUCUCCAGUGCCUUGACAAGUGUCCCCACUGCUGACCCGUCCCCACUCCCACCUACUGUUCGGGUGACAGUGCCCAAACCCAGCGUACCUGUUAUCAGACUGAGCAGUGAUGAACACAGAGGGAAAACACUGGAUAAAACCAUUUCACACGCCACUAAUGGUAAAUUAGAACUUUUGCCCCCUUUUAACGGACUCAUUCAGCAGAACAGGGCUCUGACAGUCUCCCUUCCAGAGGAGGUCAACAUCCCUGCUGGCUGUUCUGUUGAACUUGUGGAGGUGAGGACUGUCAAUGGGACCAAGGAGCUAAAACUUAGGCUGGUCUCUCAACAAGAAAGUGACUCAGUAAUAAAAAACACAAGGACAACAGUCUCUGAAAACACCCCGCUUGGGAGGCCACUACCUUCCAUGUUGAAUCAUCCGAACACAGCAAAGUCUGUGAGUUUGGGGACGUGCAUAGUAAACAGGAAACCAUAUGAAAUAAAGAACAUAAACGCAGAUGUGCCCGCUGUCGUUCCAGUCAGUAUCAACAAAAACCUGCCAAGUCAAGCCAACAAAGAAAAAAGUGGAUUAAAGAGACCGUCAGAAGAAAUAAUCGACCUGGAAGGUAACUCCGGGAUUCCGAACAAAAUCUCCAGAAGCAUCUCCAAUUCCAUAAGGGAGGGCGCUAACGGGAUCAAGUUCGUACAGAGAGAACCUAUCACCCAAAAUGCAGCUGUGUCCACUCUGACCUCCUCCAGGGCUCCCAACAGGUUGCCGAGCAACCUGCACCCAGAAAACAUGGGAGCGUGUGUUUCUCAGAGGACGGCAGACCAGAGAAGUAAUUCAAUGCCACAGCAAUCCAGGAAUUCCCCCCAACAGAGGACAGUUGAGUUGAAAAGUGUCCCUCGAGAAGCAUUAAUGGCUGCAAAACUGGAGUCCAGGGUUCACCUCAACAACAACAACAACAACUCGCCCUUAAACAUGAAGAAGGAGGCAGUGGAUUUGAGCCAGCAGAAAUCCAAAACACCAUCUCCUGGUUUGAGUGUUUCUUCUGUCUCAGCCAUCCAACAAACACCGGCAAUGAAUUCAGUCUGUAAAGAGAAACCUGCAGGUCUGUCUCUUCCCUCAUCCAGAGCAAAAAACGGGCCUUUAUUGGUCAAAACAUCUGUGCUCUCCAAUGACACUCCUUCAAAGAUUUCAGCUUGGACACAGGAUGUUAGACUAAAGGCAAAGGACGGUAAAAAGGAUGUUACCGAGCCUGAGAGUUUUCCCGUCAUUUCAUCUGUAUUUUCACUCAGCCAACAACCACAAGAUGUACAAAGCUCCAUCCAGCCUUUGGUCAUGGCUGCUCUACGUGGUAUCGCCGUGAAUAAAAGUUCUGGAAGUACGUCACCAGAUGAAAACAAGACCACAAACAGCAAAGACGCUGUGAGAGAGCUGCUGACAUUAAGGCACUGUGCUCAAGUGUCCACAAAAAAAGAACCCUCGGCCCUUGACACUCCGACUGCCCAGACCAGUGAGCCGAUAAAAGCAGAGGAGCCCGAUAAGGGUAUUCAGGCCCAGCCCCCUCUCAAUCUUCAUGUCAAGGAAGAAAAAGAUGGUUCAAAUCCGACCAAAAAUAAACGAACUCAGACUCUUAAUAUGAAACCUUUGAAAGUUGAGAAGUCUGUUUCUAACACUGCCCUACAUGUAGACGCAUCUAAACCGGAAGAGUCCUCGACGCCAACACUCAAACAUCAGCAUCAAGUGUCUUCGAAGUUCCUGACCGUCUCUCUAAAAAGGGUACAAGUGGGCGUGUGGAAAAAGAACAAGAAGGGACUGAAACUUCGGAUAUCCAAAUGUAAGACUCAGGGACCCGUGGGCAGUCCUCUUGAUUGUGCCGUGUUUUAUCCGAUGCCGCUAAAGAAGGACCAACCAGUGAAACGACCGGGACCUAACCAGCCUGUGGUGGUGCUCAACCAUCCAAAGCCGCGAGGCUCGGCACCGGCUGCGAGGACGGACUCUUUGUCAGAAACAGGAGCUGAUAAGUGCAGAAUUUUAAAGAUGAGGCUGAGCAAAGUGGUGGGGCAGAAGUACGAGGUGAUGGGCUGCACUGUGGGAGUCUUAUCUUAAGGUUAUCAAACCGUAAACAAAGUGUAAAUUCAUAACAACAGGUCUAGUAUUACAAUGGGGCAUGUUGACUUGAAAUAAACAAAACAUCAGGGCAGGUUUUGUCUUUAGGGGGGAUUGAAAGCACCAACAAAUUCUGAAUAUUUGGACAUGAUUUUACUUAUCUCAUCACGGUAUAGAUGGAUCAUUCUGCUUGAAUGAUCACAGACCAGCUAAUGUAUUAGAUUGCAGGCAGAUGUGGAGAAGUGUUGCAGAAAUUUGACGAAUCGGAAGACCUGUCAGUUGACUAAAUAAUGCAUGCUGUUUUCUUCAACAGGGUGAAAUACACUUUUUGAAUAUUCUUUUUUGCACCAUCCAUCCAGCAUUAAAGAUACAACAUGAAUUUGGUACGAUGCACAAGAAAAUACAACAUUUUUCAUGUAAAAAUAGUGAUUGAUGCAAAGUAAAUUAUAAAGAAGUAUUUAAUGUCUGAUGGUUUUAAUCUGGUCAAAGCCCCUUGUGCAAUAUUAAGCAUUAACAGUACAUAAAGAUUUGUCAUUUUUCUGUUACCAUAUUUAGACAUGGAUCACCUUACUGGUCCAUUAAUUUAACCGCCUUUUUUCACAUUUUUUUAUAAUCCUGCUCUGAAGUUUUUUUGACACUUUGAUCCCAGUCGCUCCUCCUAAUGUGUCAUAGUUGGUGUGACCUUAUCUGGGAUUAAAGACAGUGUCGUAUUUCAAGCACUGUGUUUCAGUGUGGUGGUGCACUCAGGUGUAAACUCUAAAGUUUUGGGAGAGAUCAAACGGACGCCAGGCGCUCACGCUGCUUUUGUCACAGUUUGGAUAUUGUGUGUAUCACUGGGUGUUUAAGAGUGAUGGUUUGUCCUUCAAGAGGAGUGAAUCGAGUAUUGAACUUUGGUGUUUUAGGAGUGAGCCCCAGCUUUCCAUCAGUAUUUAUGACUUUGGUUAGGUGGCUGUUAACAUGAGUGAGUCUUAAUCUGAAGUACCUGGAUGCAUUAUUAGUUUUGUUUUUGUGAGGCUUCAGUCUGAAGCUGAAAUUUUGACUCCUUCCAAUAUUCCCAAAAGCUCCAGUGAGGAGUUUUUAAGUGGGUGUGAAACCAACUGAAAUCAACAGUGAUACCUCUUUAUUACAAGUGCAAGCAAGACUACCGUAACUGCAAGAUCAAGACCGUCAGUGAAAAGACACUGUUUGUUGUAAAUUUUAAUGGCUGAAACUGCUGUGAUGGACAAAAACCACAGUGAGUAAUUUCAUCAAAAAAAAGCAGGAUGAGAUUUUUGUGAGGAAAAGUGGUGAACGCUUGUACAAGACAGUAUAGGCUAAGAGACAGUCAUGCGUUAUUUAGUGGUGGUGCCAAAAAUUGACACAAACAGGAGCUUUAAUCCUCAAAUGGAUAAGAAAGAAUGUCAACCUCCUGUGUUUUCUGCUUAAAUCUCAACUAGAAACUUAGAAAAACAGACAGCUAGGGAUCUAACCAAGUUGAGUGCAUUUGUGUUAGACUGUUCCGUCUUUAUUAAACCUGAAUUUCAGGAUUGAUACAAAAUCUUUAUUUUUUACCACAGUAGUUUGUUUUUGUUUGAUUUUGAUGUCCUGAAAAUCACAAAAAAAUUUGGGGAUUAACCUGUUUGAGUUAAGAAAAAAAAAACGUAUAACAAGUGUUAAAGCUGAAAAUGUCCUCUCAGAUUGUCAUCACUCCCUGUGCCAUUUGGCGUUUCUCCAGUGUACAUCCUCUUUGAAAAGGAAAGUGCAGUCUGAGUUGCUGAAACCAGAUAGAGGUUUAUUAAUGUAAAAGCAAACCAUUUUUUGUUGUUUUUUUUUUAUCUCUGUGCCAUGUACAUACUCAGUAACCCUUCAGUCAUUGGUUAUUGGGACCCUUAAACACCUGUAGACUUUCCAUCCAAGAAAGAGACAAAAGCAAUCUUCUAUCCAGACACUUUUCAGAUCCGUUACUUUCCGUAAGUCAGCAUUACGACACCUGUGCAUUCUUGUUUAUACUGUAUUGAUGUAGAAGGUGCUAGACCUGUGAUUCUAUUUAUAGGACUUGGUUGCCCAGAGUUAUUAUUGUGUACAUACUGUACCUAUGUAUCCAUUUUGGUCGCUGACAGAUUUUAUUGUGUAUAUACCUGUAAAUACAAAACCUGAGGACUGGUGUUCAUACUAACAACAACUAUGUUGUGUUACUUUCCACACACUGCAGGGUCCCUGCUGUGCGGUCUUUGCUGUAAUUAAUUAUUUUAAAAUGUGUCAAAGGUGUUACUGUUCCUCCUGAAUGUUUUGCUUUGCCUUUCACUCUCCUUUUGUUCAAGAAACAUUCAUUGUCUUUUAUUGCCUGUAAUAAUUGUGCUUCAUGCUUUUUUAAGAUAUUGUGUAACUCGACUUUUUUUAUUAAAGCAGAGUGAGAUUAAUCUGAUCCAGGGGGCCUGAUCAUUUUUGAUUGAAUGAGUUCUCGUUAUGAUAGGUUAAGUCACAUCACAAGAAAAACAAAAUCUAAAACAAAUGAGAGCCUUGAGGUACCUAGCUAUUUAAGUAAGUCCAUUUUGAUGUAAAAAAAUUUGAAUAGAACCUGGAACAACUGAAAACUCAGGGAGUAAAAUAAGCAAAAUGAUAUAAAACCCAACACCAUAAUUCCAACCAGAAAAAUUGUGAUGACAACAGCUGAAACCCCAAAC